AUGAAGGCAAAGCACGUGAAUGUCCAACUAAAGGCUGUGGUGCCAUCAUUGAAAAAGGCGAAGGAUGUUACCAUAUGCAGUGCACGAUGUGCAAUAUUCACUUCUGCUGGCUCUGCGAUUAUACGAGUGAUCAACAAUCCAAAAUCUAUGGACAUCUGCGAGAGAACCAUGGAGCUAUCGGCGCAGAAUGGCCUGUCGAUCUCGAUAUGCAUCCAAACUUCCAAAGGCUCUUCGCACCAGCCCGCAGACUCGGCUUCAUCGAGGCCUAAGACAUACCGGACGACGUGGACGUGGACGUCGCGUAAAAUAGGGAAUCAUUUCAAAAGUCGCGUAUACGCAUGUUUAGAACAUUUCGGAUUGAAAAUUGCGAACACUUUUUUACCUUGGAAGGUUGCGUAUUAUAUCUCGAGAAAUAAUUAUCGUGGAACUUUUAUUGCCACGAAACGUGGCGAAGGUCAUUGA